AUGUCGUCCAAUCCAGGAGGCAGCCGACCGGGGACCGCGCGACAACGUUCUGGAAGCGAAGCGCCAUCGAAUCGACCGAUCUCGAUCGACAUUUCCUCAAACCGGUCAGAUGUCAGGGAGCGGUCGCAAUCUGUCUCACACAACGAUGGACAACAGGCACCGGUCCCGACGCAGGAUUCGAUAGCAUCGAUCGAGUUUUCCCCAUCCGAUCAGUCGUCUCGGUUGACCCAACAGCUGCCCAAGCUGCGCAUUCAAUACAGCCACGCGGUCCGACCUCGCCUGUUCGAGAAGGGGCUCGUCAAUACCCGAUCAUAUCCGCUCGAACCUGGAACGACUUACAGUCUCAAAUUCCCCCGCAAGCUCAUUCUCAGCCGCGAUCGCAAUACCUAUGCCACAAAUGAUGAAGCGGAAUUGGGUGCACACUCCAUGGCAUCUGAGGUGGCUCAGCAUCCGGAAAGAUUUGCGAGGGUCAAGAGUGAAAGCCGGUCGGGAGUUGGUUCUGCGAGAUACUCGGAGCAGCAGCAGCAGCAGCAGCAGCAGCAACAACAGCAGCAACAACAGCAGCAAGGAGAGUUACAAAUACCGCCACCACAUACACCAAAUGAGCAGUAUGGACAUGUCACUGCACGCUUCAAACACAUAGAAACCGAAGGUGGACACGCCGUUAUCACUGGAAGGGAUGGCGAGGCAUUUCAAUAUUGUGAGGACGAGCCGAUCCGAUUCCCAGGCGCUGUGCAGAGUUUUGGUCUUAUGAUUGUGAUGAGAGAGGAGUCGCCAAAUCAACUCGUCGUUCGCAUUGUCAGUGAGAAUUCCACCCAGAUCAUGGGGUACACCCCCAAGCAGCUUUUCGAACUUCCCAACUUUUGCGACAUCUUGAGCGACGACCAGGCCGACACCUUACUGGAUCACAUCGACUUCGUUCGAGAUGACGCCUACGACCCGGUCGUCGAUGGCCCCGAAGUCUUCAUCGUGUCUAUACCUCUCCCUUCUGGAGGUGAACGUCGAUUUUGGUGUGCCGCCCACGUCAGCCAGUCUCAGAAGGAUAUGAUUAUAUGUGAAUUCGAAAUGGAAGACGAUGAGGUUAAUCCAUUGAAUGUGGCCGGACUUACAACUCCAGCCAUUCCAAUUGACACGUUAAAGGGCAUGCCAAGCGCAGAACAGUUCGCAGCUAGUACCAUUAACAUCAGUCAGCCACUUCGUGUUCUUCGCAACGCCCGAAGACGAAGGGGUGAAGCAGCGGCAAUGGACGUGUUCAGCAUGUUGACCCAGAUUCAAGAACAGCUCGGUCGGACCACCGAUCUAGACCAAUUACUUAAUGUUGCAACUGGCCUAGUCAAAGAGCUUACGGGGUUUCACCGAGUUUUGAUAUAUCAGUUUGAUAGCAGCUGGAAUGGUCUUGUUGUUGCGGAACUUGCCGACCCGAAAGCUUCGAUCGAUCUUUACAAGGGACUUCACUUCCCUGCAUCCGAUAUUCCCGCCCAGGCCCGCGAGCUAUACAAGAUAAACAAAGUUCGUCUUCUAUACGACUGCGACCACGAGACCUCACGCCUAGUUUGCCGAACAGUGGAGGACCUGGAAACUCCUCUGGACAUGACACAUGCGUACCUCCGAGCCAUGUCCCCAAUUCAUAUCAAAUACCUGCGUCACAUGCAGGUGCGAUCAUCAAUGUCUAUCAGUGUCAAUGCCUUCAACGACCUCUGGGGACUUAUCUCGUGUCAUUCCUAUGGUAAUCAUGGUAUGCGUGUUUCAUUCCCGGUUCGGAAGAUGUGUCGACUUCUUGGAGACACUGUUUCUCAAAAUAUCGAGCGACUUUCAUACGCAUCUCGACUCCAAGCCCGGAAAUUGAUCAACACAGUUCCUACUGAAGCCAACCCUUCUGGGUAUAUCAUUGCCUCGUCUGACGACAUGCUGCAACUGUUCGGUGCUGAUUAUGGUGCUCUAUCAAUCCGUGACGAAACCAAAAUCCUGGGCGAUAAUGAACACUCACAAGAAGUUCUUGCUCUUCUCGAAUUCAUUCGAAUGCGACAAUUGAGUUCCGUGAUGGCGUCACACGAUAUUAUCAAAGAUUUCCCCGAUCUGUAUUAUCCGCCAGGUCUCAAGGCAAUCUCGGGAAUGCUCUAUGUCCCCUUAUCGACCGGUGGAAAUGACUUUAUCGUUUUCUUCCGCAAGGGUCAACUCACGGAAAUCAAGUGGGCAGGAAACCCCUACAAUGUUGCGAAAAGGAAAGCCACUGCAGGGUACCUGGAACCGCGCAACAGUUUUGCAGCGUGGCGGGAAACUGUCCUGAGUCAAUCGCGCGAGUGGUCCGAAUCUGAUGUCGAGACAGCUGCAGUUUUGUGCCUCGUUUAUGGAAAGUUCAUCAAAGUGUGGCGACAGAAGGAGGCCGCUAUGCAAAACUCGCAGCUCACGAAGCUUCUACUUGCUAAUUCUGCCCACGAGGUUCGCACACCUCUCAACGCCAUCAUCAACUACCUCGAGAUUGCGCUGGAAGGAAGUCUUGACGCCGAUACUCGUGACAGUUUGACGAAAUCUCACUCCGCCUCCAAAUCACUGAUCUACGUUAUCAAUGAUCUCCUGGAUCUGACGAACACCGAAAAGGGCCAGGAUCUCAUCAAGGAUGAAAAAUUCGACCUUGCGGCGACUUUCCGAGAAUCCAGCGAUAUGCUUGCUGGUGAGGCAAAGAGGAAAAAUAUCUCAUACUCUGUAACUGUCCAGCCGGGCAUCCCUCCACUGGUCAUGGGUGAUCAGCGACGCUUGCGGCAGGUGUUCUCCAACCUCAUCUCCAACGCCAUCCAACAAACUGUUUCUGGAGCGGUUACAGUGGAAUUAUGGCCUUCGGCGACCCAGACUCUAGAAGGUUACUCCGCCAUUGAGAUGAUGGUUAUCGACACCGGCGCGGGUAUGUCUAAGGAGAAGCUGGAAGCUAUGUUCCAAGAGCUUGAGGAGGUCUCGACUGAUGCAACUCAAUACGACGACGAACAGAACCCAGACGAGGCACGGGAGACUCCCAGCAGUGGAUCUCGGCAGGUCCUUGGUCUGGGCCUUGCGCUCGUGGCUAGGAUCGUUCAUAACAUGCAGGGUCAACUGGGCGUUAAAUCAGAAGAGGGCAAGGGGAGUCGUUUCAAGAUCAUGUUGCAGUUCAGGUUGCCAGAGGGAGUUGCAUCCGCUCAUCCCACCACAACCUCCCCAGCACAACUUGUUUCUGUUCCACCCACGCCUAUGAUCUCAGACCGAGAAUUCACUUUAGUUGGUGGUGUUUCUGAGAGUAGGGACACACGCCGACGAAGCACUGAGAGUCUUCGAAGCGGUGGUAGCUCUCGCAGUGGAAAGAGCCAGAGGAGUCAGGCAGACAGACUUAUCAGCGCAUUGAAGGAGACACCGUUCAGCAAAUCUCGAAGCGAGAGCAUGGACAGCAAACAAGUGAGGUUCCAACCGACCAGCCCAAGUGGCAGCCAGCUUUCACAAGCUAUCGUGUCUCCGCCCAGCGAGAAGCGGCUGUCUUCGCAGAGCCCACUCGCAAGCCUGGGCGCCGUGACACAUACUCCUCCAAUAACAUUGCAAGCAUUGAAAACCCCACCUACCCCGGGCACGGCAAAUAUCCAGGAUUCUGGAGUUCCCAUGAGCGCCGUUCGCGUUUCUGAACGUGGCUUGAAACAAGCGUUGCAGGUGCAACAACAACAAGAAAAAUCCUACUUCCCUCGAAUGCCAAUUGAGAGAGUGGGCAUUGCUGAAACUAUCUCGUCUAAUAUCCCAUCUUCUACAACUCCGACCUCGACUGUACCGGCACACGCUGGAUUAUUGCGCGUCCUGGUUGCAGAAGACGACCCGAUCAAUUCCAGAAUUAUUCACAAGCGUCUGACGAAGUUGGGCCACACGGUCGAAUUGACUGGGAACGGUGAAGCUUGUGCGAGUGCAUUUUGCUCUAAUAGCAAGGGUUUUGAUGUUAUCAUGAUGGAUAUACAGGCAAGUCAAGUCAUGCCAGUGACAUAUUAUCAAACAUGGAACUGGACAAGACUAACAGGAAAACAGAUGCCAAUCGCAGACGGGUACACCGCAACCCGAAUGAUCCGCGAACACGAAAUAAACGCCACCCCCGAAGCCCUCUCCGAAAAAGCCCAGCGAAACGCCCGAGUCCCUAUCUUCGCAGUGUCGGCCUCACUCCUCGAGUCUGAGUAUCAGAAAUAUAUCGAUGUGGGCUUCGAUGGCUGGGUUAUGAAACCAAUUAAUUUUGCCAGACUUAAUGUUCUUCUUAAUGGUCUUGUUGAUCUUGACGUUAGGAAGGGCGCGACUUAUAGGCCCGGUGAAUGGGAGAAUGGCGGGUGGUUUGAUCAUCGUUGA